UUCUUUCUUUGUUCUUUCUUCAUUUUAUCAGGUAAAACACAGACUGCGUAACCAUGGCAAACUCCUUCACUCGCAUGAUGUCUGGCCGUAACACGGCAGUGAUGAUGGCUGUGGGAGCUGGCACUCUGGCAUCUGGAUACCUCCUGAGUGACAACUCUGCUGCUGCUGCUGAGCGAAGGAGGAUGUAUCCACCCAGCGCUGAUUUCCCUGACCUGAGGAAGCACAACAACUGCAUGUCGGCGGCGCUCACUCCAGGCAUGUAUGCACGCCUGAGGGACAAGGAAACACCCAACAACUGGACCAUUGACCAGUGCAUCCAGACGGGAGUGGACAACCCCGGCCACCCCUUCAUUAAGACUGUCGGAAUGGUAGCUGGAGAUGAGGAGAGCUACGAGGUGUUUGCUGAGCUCUUCAAUCCUGUGAUCAAGGACAGACACAAUGGCUAUGACCCUCGCAACAUGAGGCAUCCAACUGACCUGGAUUCUUCCAAGGUCACCUCUGGGAUGUUUGAUGAGCGCUACGUCCUGUCAUCUCGCGUCCGUACCGGACGCAGCAUCCGCGGCCUGAGCCUCCCUCCGGCCUGCACGCGCUCGGAGCGCCGUGAGGUGGAGCGUGUGGUCGUGACGGCGCUCUCUGGACUGAAGGGAGAGCUGAGCGGUCGCUACUACAGCCUGGGAGAGAUGACUGACCGAGAGCAGCAGCAGCUGAUUGAUGAGCAUUUCCUGUUUGAUAAACCAGUGUCACCUCUGCUCACUGCAGCCGGGAUGGCCAGAGACUGGCCUGAUGCUCGUGGCAUCUGGCACAACAAUGAGAAGAACUUCUUGAUCUGGAUCAAUGAGGAGGACCACACAAGAAUCAUCUCCAUGGAGAAAGGAGGGAACAUGAAGAGAGUGUUUGAAAGGUUCUGCAAAGGUCUCAAACAGGUGGAGCAGCUCAUUCAGGAGAGAGGAUGGGAGUUCAUGUGGAACGAGCGUCUGGGUUACAUCCUCACCUGCCCCUCCAACCUGGGCACCGGGCUCAGGGCCGGGGUGCAUAUCCGCCUGCCCCUCCUCAGCAGGGACCCUCGUUUCAAAAAAAUCCUUGAUAACCUGAGACUACAGAAGAGAGGCACAGGUGGUGUCGACACGGCGGCCUCUGGAGACACCGUCGACAUCUCUAACCUCGAUCGUCUGGGCAAGUCAGAGGUCGAGCUGGUGCAGCUCGUGAUCGAUGGCGUCAACUAUCUCAUUGAGUGCGAGAAAAGGCUGGAGAAAGGGCAGGACAUCAAGAUCCCCUCUCCCAUCCCACAGUUCAGGAAGUGAACGUCCUCUCGUAUCGUGGAGUAGAGCAGGCCAUCCAACCACUGGUUCUUAAACCUUUGGUCUUACAAUAUAUCCAUGGCGUAUGCACAGCAUGUGUCACCUUACUAACUUACAUACACGACAAAUUCAUGACCUGUAACAUGAAUUCUGAACACA